CAUACAGGACUCUUUAUAGCCUGAAUGACGAGAGAUUUAUGAUUCACGAAUGCAUAGUUAUGACAUUUAAUCACUAGGUACAUAGAGUAAAGCUUUGCUGAAGACUUUACUGAAGGGACAAGUUUGAAGCAGUGCGCUGAAAAUGCUCCUCAUGAUACAAUUCAGGAACUGAUGUAUUAAGUGAACGCACAGAAAAUGGAAAGCCAAACAGAAACUAUCAAGAUGGAUAUUGGCCCCUCUCCGUCAUUUCCAAUGGAAAGAAAGGUUCACAUCCAGAUAAGCGGGAGACAGAUCAUCCAAACCAAACUGAGGAAGAGCUGUUCCUGCACCACUAAGAGACUGAAGAACGUAGUCAUGGACUUCUUCCCUGUGUUACGAUGGCUUCCCAAGUACCACUGCAGAGAAUACAUAUGGGGGGACGUUAUGUCCGGGGUGGUGAUUGGGAUCAUUUUGGUACCCCAAGCCAUAGCGUAUUCUCUGCUAGCCGGUCUGAAGCCUAUUUAUAGCCUUUACACGUCAUUCUUUGCCAACAUAAUUUACUUCCUGAUGGGCACCUCUCGCCACGUGUCUGUUGGCAUUUUCAGCCUGUUAAGUUUAAUGGUAGGGCAAGUUGUGGACAGAGAGCUGCUCUUGGCAGGGUUUGACCUGAACGAUGAUGAUGACGCCAUCAGCAACAGCUACGAAUGGAACGGCAACAAUUCUAAUGUAACCGCCUUCAACCUUACCCUGGGGGGGUUGAGCGCUGAGUGUGGGAAAGACUGUUAUGCUAUUGGAGUCGCUACAGCCUUGACUUUUCUGGCUGGAUUUUAUCAGGUUCUGAUGGGAGUCUUUCGUCUAGGCUUUGUCUCUAUGUAUCUUUCAGAGUCUGUGCUGGAUGGAUUUGCAACUGGUGCUUCUUUAACCAUUUUAACUGCCCAAGUUAAGUACCUUAUUGGAAUAAAAAUCCCACGCAGCCAAGGGCAUGGGAUCCUCUUAACGACCUGGAUUAAUAUUUUUCGAAACAUUUCUCAGGCUAACCAGUGCGAUGUAAUUACGAGCGUGGUUUGCAUUGCUGUGCUAGUUGCCGCGAAAGAACUGGGAGAUCGGUACAAGCAGAAGCUGAAAAUCCCACUGCCCACAGAGCUGGUGGUUAUUGUUGUGGCUACGCUGGUUUCACACUACGGGAAGCUGAAUGAAGUUUACGCAUCCAGUGUUUCGGGGGCAAUUCCAACUGGAUUUAUUCCCCCUCAGCUGCCAAAUUUUAACAUGAUGCAUCGCGUGGCUCUAGAUGCUGUUCCCCUUGCCAUAGUUGCCUUUGCAUUUACAAUCUCCCUCUCAGAAAUGUUCGCCAAGAAAUAUGCCUACACUGUCAGAGCCAAUCAGGAAAUGUUUGCCAUAGGAUUCUGUAACAUUAUCCCAUCCUUUUUCCAUUGUUUCGCAACCAGUGCAGCUCUUGCAAAAACGCUUGUGAAAUCUUCUACGGGCUGCCAGACGCAGGUCUCUAGUGUUAUCAGCGCAGUGGUAGUGCUGUUGGUGCUGCUCUUCCUCGCUCCGCUGUUUUAUUCUUUGCAAAAAUGUGUUUUGGCUUGCAUCAUAAUAGUCAGUCUCCGAGGAGCCCUUCGGAAGUUUCGAGACGUGCCCCAGCGAUAUCACGUGAACAAGGUGGACACUCUGGUCUGGUGCGUUACUGUGUUCUCAUCUGCCCUGAUCAGCACAGAAAUGGGGCUUUUGAUUGGGGUCCUCUUUUCCAUGCUGUGCAUCGUUGUUCGUACGCAGCGACCCCGUACUGCCCUGCUGGGUCAGAUCCAGAACACUGCCUUCUAUGAAGACGACUGGGAAUAUGAAAAUCUCUGUCCUAUUCCAAAUGCCAAAAUAUUUCGUUUUGAGGCACCACUUUACUAUGCAAAUAAAGACUUUUUUCUGAAGUCUCUCUACAGAAUGACUGGGUUAGAUCCUACUCUGGAAGCUGCUAAAAGGAAAAAGAAUGAGAAGAAGCAAAAAGAGCAUUUGAAAGAGGGAAACAGAGGCACAAUUGUUAAGGGAUCGGAUCAGGCAGAUACAGCCUUACGCCUGGUCCCUAAACAAGUAGAUUUCCAGACCAUCAUCAUAGACUGUUCCUCAGUCACUUUUCUGGACACAGCUGGUAUAAUCACAUUAAAGGAAAUACGGAAAGAUUACAACGAGCUAAAAAUCACUGUUCUUCUGGCUUGCUGCAACCCCUCAGUGAUUGACUCUCUGAAAAGAGGGGACUUCUUUGGGAAGGAUUGCAAAAAGAUGCACGAAUUGCUGUUCUAUAGCAUUCACAGUGCUGUGCAGUUUGCCAGAGACAGAAAGCCUUUGGUAGAUGGCUCGGCUGUUUAGUUUCAAAGGCCCAUGUGUUUCCCUCUGCUGUGCAGCACAAAGGGGAACAGGGUGCAGUCACUUAGAAGUCGGCAGACACCUCACUUGCUGUGCAGGAGCCAUCUACCUACAGGACAUUCUCCCAUGAGAAGGUGUGCAGUGCUGGACCGCCGCAUCACGUCUGCAGACGGGGCAAACAGGGGUGUGGUCAAGGACCAGAUGGGAAGAGUGAGGAGUGCACCCAGUUACCACCUGAACUGCCACUUCAAAAUGCAGAUAUUGGACUGUAAAACAGCUUGUGAGUUACUUCUCCCUUGUACUGUAGUAACUUAGGGCUUGUCUAUACUUACGCGCUGGUUCGGCGGCAGGCAAUCGAACUUCUGGGUUCGAUUUAUCGCGUCUAGUCUGGACGCGAUAAAUCGAACUCAGAAGUGCUCCCCGUCGACUCCGGUAAUCCUGCUUGCCGCGAGGAGUACGCGGAGUCGACGGGGGAGCCUGCCUGCCGCGUCUGGACAGCGGUAAGUUCGAACUAAGGUAUGUCGACUUCAGCUACAUUAUUCACGUAGCUGAAGUUGCGUACCUUAGUUCGAUUUGGGGGUUUAGUGUAGACCAAGCCUUACACGCAUCAAACUUAUGCACCACCGGUCUGGUGUAUCUGCAAGUCUGUCUAGUGCCUGAGCAGAAAAGGCUAGCUGUCUCCCUUGAAUGUGCUGGUUUAUGCGUACAGGAGAGCAGUCUCCAAGAAACCACUUGUGGUCUGGUUCCUUGGCCACACCACAGUGCUAUCUUUUAAACUCUGGCCUGUAAGGCCUUUUCCCUUAUCAUAUCACUACUACAGGCAUGCUCUUGUUUCAACGGGCUUUUAGACAACCCCGCUGUUUGCUACACACUUCUUAGGAGCAUCAGCUGGGCUGAUGUAGCACCUCCUUCCCACACGCCCAUGAGCCAUAACAAACGUGUUCCCCUCAGUUUCAUUAUUCCUUAGCAAAACCUCCCUCAAAGCUACCAUGGAAUCAUCCAUAUUAAAAAGAGCCUAUUAAGGGGAUAUUUCUGCUCUUAAAGAUGCAGGAGAAAGUGUGACCAUUAAACUCAGAUUUGCUGUAGCUAGUGAAAUUACUUAAAGCGAUUUAAGAAAAGGGAAGUGCUUUCAUUAGAAAUCUUAUAGCUACACUAGUUUAACUGAGAGGCAAAUCUGACUUUCUGGAAUUUAGCUAUCUCAAGCUUAAACCCUAGAAUUCAGGCCAAGCACAUCAUCUUUGUAAUGUAACUGUCAGACUGGGUGCAGGGCAGUGGGGAGAAAUGGGAGUGAAAGAGGCAGAGGAGGGGAAAAGAUGCAAGAAGGGAAGCCUGAGAUAGGGAUGGGAAGGGGAGAAACGGGCUGGUUCUGAACUGGGUCUGAAUCUGGAGUAACUCCACUGAAGUUUUACGCUGGUGUAACCGGGGUCAGAAUGUGGCCUAAUGGCUGAAGCAGAACUUUUGUAAACCAUUCAUUUCAUUAUGUUGUCAGAGUACCCCCGCUAUUUGUAUACAUUUCAGGCCAUAACAUUAGUUUGUAACUCUGUGGUUUCUAACGACAGCUAAUAGAGGGUGAGGCUGUUAUGCAGAGUCGGGAUAUGUUAUUUUUAUAUUAAUUUCUAUGACUAUUUAUUCCCCGUAAUAUCAAAUGGCAAUUUAAAAGACAGCACACUGCAAAUCAGACGCCUGGGUCGCUAUCACACUAUUUGUGCAGUAUCUGUACAAAAAUAUACGUAAAAUAGGGCUAGACCAAAAGUCAGUUUAACAGACGGCGCUGAAUUGCCGACAGAAGUUCUGACACUUGGCUUUGGCAGCGUGGCUUCUCCAAUGCUCAUCUGAAGAGGUAGCCAAGGCACAGUUUCGGCUCAUUCAGCAGCUGCUUCUCCCUCGUCUCGUGUCCCAUCCCACAGGCCAGGCGCUGGGCAGUAUAAGGAAUCUCAGCGUCGGGUCCUGGAUGCUUUUUUCCUUUCUCGUUUUGGCCAUUUUGUGUGACCCUCCACCCCCAUUUCAAUGGCAGAACCUUCCCCUUUCCCAGUAGCUCUCACUGUCUUUCCUCUCCCAUCCUUUUCCCUGGGGUUAGACGCUCCUUCCAUCCAUGAGUGAAAUGUGGGGAAAAUGCAGGUUGGAGGACUACUUACAGGGCUACAUUUAGUCUGACUCCAUUGAAGCCAAUAGAGAAGCCCUUAAACAUACUCAGUGCUAUAACUGCUCUGUAGUCUCUAAAGAGACUACUGGUCUCAUUCUACUUUUAAAGCGAGCCCUUUGCCACGAUACACAACAUUUUGUUUAAGAGCACUACACAGCAGUACCAAGCAAUUUAUUUCCACUCUCUAGAUCAACAAGGGCAAGGAUAUUCGAAGCAAAGGUCUCCAGAUUUUCCAAUGUCCCCUUCCCUAUUUAGGAACACCACAACAAAUAAUCCUUUCAUAAAGGAAGGGCAACUCAUUUCUAAACAGAGAUAUUCUGGUGAUUGACUCCAUCUGAAGUGAGGGCAACACUGGGAUGGGGUGUAUAGAUCCCACGCUGAGGAGGGAGGUGCCAGAGAGGCUCUGGGGACAGGACGAGCCCAGCCUCGUCAAUCAUGUAUAAAAGGGAGAAAAUGGCAGUCAACUGAGGGGGGAGGAGCAAGACUGCCCUAAGCAGAAGACUACUGGAGCCACUUGGGGAACGCCCAUCCAGGAGAUCUCUACCCCCACCCUGGGGGGAGUGCAGUGAACUCCCAGGGAGAGACUUAAGAAGGCCUGCAAGGGGUAGGACCCUUGGUAAGAAGUAAGGAAUUGGGGCCUGUGCGGGAGCCACCCAGUGCAAGUAACUGGGUGUGGUCAGGUUCUCUCACCCUCUGGAGGAAAAACUUGUGGGGGCUCCUUUAUAAACACAUUUUUAAUGAGGAUUAGUAGUCAGGUACUGAAAUUCCCCUGCUCGCCUUAUUUAUUCAAAAACACAUGUGAUGUCUCGGUGCUAUUAUCACAACACAUGAUGUCAACAGUAACAAAAUAAUUCUGGAAAAGCCGGCCUGACUGAUGUCCCUGUUAAGAGAUCAGAACUGACCAACCAUUUUUAGUAUUCGUGUUUUUCUGCAGGAAAGUCAAUUUAACGUGCAACGACAUCAUCCAUUAAAGAGCUGGUGUACCAUGACCACAGCUUACCAUCUUCUCAUUGUUACCUUGUGUUCUCCUGAAAUGUUUGUUGUAGCCACUUAGUAUGUACGCUUUGCUGGUCAGGGACCAGCUUUGUCAUAUGUCUAUACAGGGCCUAGCACAAAGCGACUGGGGCCAGUACACUUCGCUCUAUGAUACAGCAGGCUACAAUUGGGAGUUAACAGCAACUGGGGAAGAAAAGAGCAAGCUGUUUAACAAGCUAGUCUUAUUCACUCUGUUGGUUUGAGCCCCAGAGCUACAACCUUGAGAAGAAAUAUAGCUUAGCUUUCCCCUCAUGUUAUGAGACUAAUCUGGUUUCCGAAAGAAGGCAGGCAAUUGGGGAACAAAAUUAAGACUUAUCCUUACCUGAAAAAAAAAGUUAGAGUUCUAGCCCAUGCCCCCCAAAUCCCCCAAAAGAGGGAGAAGGGAAGAGAAGCUGAUCUGUCAAUCUUUUUUUAACAAAGCAUGCUGGGAAGGGGUGCAGUCUGGUGGCUCUUUACAAGGUAGGCUCUUCAGGUUGUUUAGUAUUUAUCAGAGCAGCAUCCCAGUAGAAGAAGGAGAGCUGCAUGAAGAUGCGGGAUGCGGGGAGAACAGGUUGCUUUUUUUCUCUCUGAUAAAAGUUGUUUUAACAACCAGAAAAGACUUCAGGAACCAUUUGCGUUUUGAAUGAUAGUUCUGGGAACUGGCUUAUAUGUAAGUUACAGUGUUUGUGGUUGUAAAUGACUUUCUAUGAUUAAAAACUGCUUUAUUUCUGUUCA